CCGAUACCCGACAAAUGUACAUGUGGUGGGCAUGCAUGGAUGCAUAGAUAAUUUCAAUAAUUGCGGACUUGAACCAGUCUGUACCUAGAUGGUGUGCCAAUUACAUAUGCAUGGGUUUGAAGAAGGCGGUCACACAUGUAUCAGACUCCGUCGCUUUUCUUCAAUUGAUAAAACUGCAAAGUCACUACUUUAACGGUGGACGACUUCUCUUAGGACGCUAUCAUUUACGCACAUUGGCUGCAUAAGCGCGUGUAAAAGGUUAAUUGUAUUCAAACUUAUUUUUUCUGCAACGUCAUCGAACGAAAUAAGGAUUUAAUGAAAAUGUGCAAAGGCUUUUUUGACAAGUUUUUUCGCAUUUUUGUAUUAGUGAUUUUAGCUUCAGGUGAACAUGUUUCAGGUGACCCUGCGGUAACCACAGAUGGUCAGUGUGCGACCAAGGCAGGUGAGGGCCAGGAGUCAUCGUCUGGAACCAACGACUGUCCCUCCGGGAAACCGGUGUCGCCUUUAACUGAAGAAAUCGCCAAAAAGCACGAAAAAAAGAACAUCGCUCAGCCCGCGUUGACCCUUAGUUUAUUUUCUAAUGUUCCACCAACGAUAAACUUUGUCAGGCCAGACCAGCAAGUGGAGGAAUUACCACCAGCCAUACGGAGCCGGCUAAAGUAUUACGGUGAUCCGUCUUCCGUCAUAGCAGGUUAUAUUUCACGGUCUGGUUUUACACAUAGUACAGAUGCAGGGGAGUACACAUUCUAUUUCAGUCUUCCUUAUCAAAUCAACGAGACAAAGUACUAUCAAAUGGUCCGUCCGUAUCAAAAGUUUAAUCACUUUCCAGACAGUUGGAUCUUGGGUUGUAAAGAUAAACUCGCCGGGAAUCUUCUGCAUUUUAAGAUCAAAUACGGUAGUGAAGAAUAUGGGUUCUUUCCUAGAACGUUUAUUUUACCCUUUGAUAGGAUAUCAUUGAAAAGGGCGUGGGACAGCACGGAAAAAGGUGCAUGGAUAUUGAAACCGUCAUGCACAUUUGGAGGAAAUGGGAUUGAAGUUGUAAACGACUGGAAACAGAUUCCCGAAAACGAAUAUGUCGUUGUACAAAGGUAUAUCCCUAAUCCAAUACUUUGCGAUGGCUUUAAGAUGGACUUAAGGCUGUAUGUUCAUGUCACCAGUAUUGAUCCGCUGCGGAUAUAUUUGUUAAAUGAGGGAAGUGUUCGAAUAUCCGCUAAAAAAUACACAAUGGACGACCUACACAACAGAGCGAUACAUUUAACAAACCGCGACGUGGUCCCAGAAGACUCGGGCUACUUCGUCGAUGAAAAUAUGGAACGCGGAAAUAGACGGUCCUUUACCUGGCUAUGGGGCUAUUUAAAAGAGAAAUAUGGUGUUGAACACCAACCUAUUUGGGACAGUAUAAAAGAUGUGGUUAUCAAAACUAUUUUAACCGGUGAAGCCAAAAUGCGAAAAAGCACUCGUGCAUUCAUAAAGAACCGAUACAGUGUACAUGAGUUAUUUGGAUUUGACAUUCUCCUUGAUGAAGACUUGAAGGCAUGGCUUAUGGAAGUAAACGUAUCACCAAGGUUUCCGCGGAAUAUUCUGAAAAGGGUGACGCAGCCCAUGCUGGCGUCUAUGCUCAACCUGGCUGGGGUCCAGAUUCCCGCUGCAGAGAUGCUACCAAAACUGAAACACAGCACUGAAGAAGACGCGGUUCCAGAACACCUUGUAAUGAAUAGAAACCUUUGGACACAGCCGCUCACAGACGAAGAAAAGACAAAACAUGCGAAAUACACUGGCAUCACCGACGAGGUAGCCCAGCAAAGUAUACUGGACAAAUUGACCCCAGACGAUAUCAGGAUGCUAGUUGAAACUGUGGGCGAAUACCAUCGGAGAGGUGACUUUGAAAGAAUUUUCCCCGCGCCAGAUACAAAGAAAUAUCAUAAAUUCUUCAAGAAACCAAGGUACUAUAACCUUCUCCUUCAUCACUGGAUUCAGCGUUAUCAGCACAAUGAAAAAGAAGGGAUCAAAGUUCUGGAGUCGUACUGUAAACAGUCAAAACAUCUUCAACCUUGAUGUGGAUUAGAGCGCCUACCACGCUUAUUGUUUUUAAAUCAGUUAAACAUAUACGAAUAUGUUGUAACAGUACAUGUAAUACAAUAUGCAAGACGCAAUCUUGAUGAAAAAAACUGGCAGGGGUACGUUAAAAAUACUACGUUUGACUUUAAAUUUAUUAUGGUACCAGUCCUUGCAGCAGAAGUGCGAUGAUGACGAUAGGCACGUUUGCAGCUUGGAGUUCACAGGCGCCACUUUUGAUGUGGUUGUCUUCCUGGAAAAAUUAUAUUAUCAAAAAGGAGUUGUUUUAAUGAAUUCAUCUACGAGUCUGACUUUCUCUUUCUCUUUUUCUCUCUCCGUGUACAAACGGAGUAAGUGAGAGAGAGGAGGGCAUCCGUGAAGACCAUAUUACUUGCUGCUAAAUUGUAUAUGUAUAUAAUCAAAGUACAAAUGCAACCAUUGAGAGGAUAAUUACCUCACACAUCAUGACUAACAUAAUAAUAAUAAAACUUAACCGGGAAAAACAAUUCUAAUGAUUAUAGGCCUACGUACAUGGAUGUAUUUAACCGGCCAGAUUAAAUAUAAACACAUGGGUAUAUUGCAGUGUACACUAGUGUUUCUCGAUACGUAGGCUUAUGUAUUUAGUUUUACAUAUAUUUGUGCCAUGAGGACUAACAAACACACAAUCUAAGUUUGCACAGUCCUAAAUUUGAAAAGUCGUAAAUUUUUUAUACAGUCUUAAAACUGUAGCGACACUCUGCAGUGUAUAUCUAUUCACAAACGACUUGUUUCUCUGACUGUAUGGUACCGCACAACACAAUCUACUAGUAUAUUUUACAGGGAGUUCCGAUUCACUACAGCUCACUAUACACGCGCGUUGCGAAC